UUUUUUAUCAUAAGAGAUUAGUAGACUAAUGUUGUGUUAUCUUUCCCAUUAUCUUUUGCAGGUAAAUGAUUUCUCACCUUGCAUUGUACGACGGUUGCAUGCCAUUUUGGCUCUUCCCACAUUGUUGGCAUCAUGUGUUGCUAUUUUCUACUUCAUGAAUGGCACAACGGUUGGUGAUAUAUUCCUUAACAGGUUCAUUCUGAAAGCUGAAAUCUACACCAUUGUCUUCAUGAUGGUUUGUUUAUAUGCCUCAAUUCAAGUUGGAAUGGAAGCAAGGCGAUAUGAGUUCUUCAGAGAGAAAGUAAACCCUAAAAUUACUUUGUAUGAAUCCCAUUCUAAAGAAUUACCAAGUGUCAAAGAGAAGUUAUCUGACUGAUUUGAAAUACCUGGAAAAUAUUUAUUUCUAUAAAAGGGAAAACAAUUUCCAGAAAAACAACAGAAAUAGUUGAAAUUCAUCAUUAAUUUAUUGUUGUAAGGUAGCGAGCUACCAAAAUCAUUAGAACAUUGGAAAAAAAUGCCUUGUGGUAAUUGUUGCAGUUCUUUAUAUUCUGAUUUCAAAUCCCACCAAUAUCAACUUUGCCUUAUAUCUCUCCAUAAAAUUAAUUACAAAUCAAAUACUGAGAUCAUUGUAAUUGACAAAGCCCUUUCCCUCGAAAUUGUUGACAUUUGUCUAAAUUACAAACCGUUAUAAAUUUAUUCUAGGAUAAUUGUAAAUAAAUUCAUACAAUAUUAGCUGGUGCUACAAAGGAAAACAGUUUCUAUCAUCAAACACGAUGUAUUGUUACAUCAAUAUUGUUUUGUAAAAUGAGCUUGAAUGCCACAAUGAAGUUUAUACAAUUUUUUUAUAACAUAAUAUUAAUAAAACAGAAA